UCAUCUCUGUACCUCCCACGCGACCUGCCCUCGCAAGAGGAUAGAUGCAAAUGCCUACAUCCAUCUCACCGAGGAUAAACCUGGGCCAAUCGUAUAGUUGGAGGAGAUAGCACCGAGGGGAAGGCCGAAGUGAGAGAGAGGAUGCUAAGGUUUAGAGCAGAGCACAGCAACUCGCAGGAGCAGUAACAUCGAUCGAUCCGGAGUGGAGCUCGAGGCUCGACAGGUCUUGGUCUCCCGUUGCGGGGGCGAAAACGAGAGGGAGAGAGAGAGAGAGAGAGAGGGUGAACACAGGGGAACAGGGAGAACGGGAACGAGGAGAGAGCGUCGAGCUCUCCGGAGAGACGAAGAGGGUUGUAUGUAGCCAAAGCUCUCCUAUAAUCAGACAGGCAGACAGGCCGGUCAGCUGCCCGGGCACGGAUCGCUCUCGCGCUGCCCGAACAGUCUUCCACACAUUUCUUCGCCUCUGUUCAUCCCAAUCUCUCGCCUUCUUUUCCCUUUACUUCCUCUCCGGUUCUGUUUUCCUGCUCUCCUUCUUUCUACCGGACUUCCACGGAUAACCGCGACUCGGGUCUGCCACGCGUCGACCUUGAAAUCUAGUGACAGUGCGAGUCUGACCUUGACGAGCUUCUCUGUCAAGGCUGACAGGAUAAGAAAUGGACGCAUAGGAAGUUCGCUGACCAAAGAGAAUUAGCAAUUAACAUUGAACUUUGGUGGGCGCAACUCGCCGGUAGCCAUGAGAAAACGAAGAAGCAAUUAACCUUACGGCAAGAGACUGUAUGCAUAGAAAAUGGAGGAAGCGUCUUCAAGAGUACGUCCUUACGUGGACUGGGAUAACGAAGACAAAUACUCAGUGGCGAACAGUCAAGCACCAUUGCAGGACGGGGAAGACGAACACCCGGAGCGCGGGACUUGGACCGGAAAAUUCGAUUUUCUUCUGUCUCUUCUGGGAUACAGCGUGGGUCUGGGAAAUGUCUGGAGAUUCCCGUAUCUUUGCUACUCGAACGGCGGCGGUGCUUUCUUGAUACCGUUCACGGUGAUGCUCAUCAUCGCCGGAUUGCCUCUUAUGUUCAUGGAGCUUUCCUUAGGACAAUACGCCAGUCUCGGACCGGUGGCGCUUUACAAGCAGUUUUGUCCUCUGCUUUGUGGCCUAGGAUACGGAAUGGUCCUCGUUAGCUCCGUUGUCAUGCUUUAUUAUAAUUUAAUCAUCGCCUGGACGCUGUACUACAUGUUUGCCUCAGUCGUUGGCGGUUGGGAAUUGCCUUGGAGCAAAUGCGAGAAGGAGUGGAGCACCGAGGAUUGCUUCAUGCCGGACGCUGCCGAGGCUUGCGUCUCUCAAAACGCUUUUUAUUUCAAAAGACAAUGCGUCAAUUCAAAUCAAAUGACUGCGAUGGGCCUGAUUAUCGAAAAUAUAACCGGCGCUAUCAGGAGGCCGCCAGCCGAGGAAUAUUUUCACAAUUACGUUUUGGGGAUCAGCAGCGGGAUCGAGGAAACUGGAUCGAUUCGACCGUCCUUGGCGGCCUGCCUCUUUCUGGCGUGGAUCAUUGUGUUCCUUUGCCUGAGCAAAGGCGUGCAAAGCUCAGGCAAAGUUGUCUACUUCACCGCUCUUUUUCCAUACGUUGUCCUGAUCGCCCUUUUUAUUCGCGGAAUUUUACUUCCCGGUGCUAAGGAGGGUAUACUCUUUUAUCUGACUCCUGACUGGAGGAGACUGAUGUCCGCCAAAGUAUGGGGGGACGCUGCCGUACAGAUCUUUUUCGCCUUGAGUCCAGCCUGGGGAGGCCUGAUCACUUUGAGCUCGUACAACAAGUUCACCAACAACUGCUACAAGGACUCCUUAAUCGUGGCGAUCAGCAACAUUGGGACUUCCUUCUUCGCCGGCAUGGUGAUCUUCUCGGUAAUCGGUUUCCUUGCUCACGAGCUCGACGUACCGGUGGCGUCGGUGGUAGACGAAGGCGCUGGCUUGGCAUUUAUUGUCUAUCCAGAGGUUGUGGCUCGUCUGCCGGGUGCGCCCGUCUGGUCGCUGCUAUUCUUCAUCAUGCUGCUCACUUUGGGCCUCGAUUCACAGUUUGCUCUGAUGGAGACCGUCACCACGGCGAUACUCGACGGUGUCCCAUCGUUGAGAAGCUAUAAAAUCUGGGUGGUCUUAGGAGCUGCGGUGGUCGGCUAUUCCGGUGGUGUCGUUUUCACCACUAACGCUGGCAUGUACUGGCUGCAACUAAUGGAUAAAUACGCGGCCAAUUGGUCCGUCCUGCUGAUCGCCAUAAGCGAAUGUAUCCUCGUGGCGUGGGUGUAUGGUGCGGAUCGCUUUUUGGACGACGUUCAGCAGAUGAUCGGACCCCGGGACCGUUUGUGGAGAUUCUUCUGGACAUGGAUGUGGAAACUCAUCACACCUGCGGCGCUGUUCUUCAUCCUUUGUUUCAAUUGGGUGGAGUACGAACCACUCAAGUAUGGAGCUUACAUUUAUCCGAAAUGGGCGGAUGUGUUAGGCUGGGUAGUCAGUAUGCUUCCCGUUUUAGUAAUUGUCGGGCUAGCUAUAGAUCAGCUAAAGGGACGGCGUCGGCGCUCGUCCUACGAUGACGAUGAAGAGGAUGACGACGACGAGGACGAUGAGGAUGACGAUGACGACGACGACGACGACGACGAGCUGGACGGAUCUUGCAGGAAGGCCGGGAAGGAAAAGAACAAGAAUAAAAGUAAGAACAUAUGGGACCGCGCGAAGAUAUUGUUGCAGCCGACAUCCAAGUGGGGCCCGGCGUCGUCUAUGACACCUUCCAGAACUCUGAUGGCUUCCUUAGCAAACCCAGGAGGAUACGACUCGGUGCGGGAUACGAUUAUCCUGAUAAACGGUCAGCCAAUGAUGAUACAACCACCCAGCGUCAUUCCAACUGCUCAGAAGCUCCCCGGACCAUCGAUUCUGAAGAAUUCUAGUAAAACUAAUCUGAUUACCUCGCAGCAAGUGUGACACGACACGUUUGUUUCACGUUCGGUGACGAAUCCUUAGAAGAACGAUGCUGAAGACAGUGUCCCUAACGCAAAGUAAGUCUGUCUUCGACAUGAAAAAGUAUUCCCGUAAUGUCGACAUUGUGUACAUUGUCAACCGCGAUUGCCAAUACGCCAGUUAUUUUAUUAUUAUUAAAUUCACCAGAAGCAUUAAAUUUGGGAUGUUUCGAACUCGAAGUUGAUCGAAAAUUAUAUAACUUUCAUCAUUAGGCACGAUCCUCACAUUCUUCACGAUCGAUUGCGCUCAAGCAAGUGGAGAGGAUUUUUUAUUAACUAUAUACAGUCUAUAAAUAUUUAUAAUUUUUCGUGCUUUUUGGAUGAAUUAAAAUUGCAACACUUUUAUGAUAAAAGAACGUCGAUCGAAUAAUUCCCUGACAUUGAUAGAGGAGCCUGAAUAAGUAGUUGAUACUAAAAGUUUAUGGUCAGGAGAUGUAAAUGUUAUGUAAAACUCGGUGGUUAAAAGAAGUUUAAAAGGAUUACAAAGAGUGAUGUAGACUGUAUUAUUUUUUUUUUAAAAUCGCUGACAUCUUAUCCUCCAAGUGGAAUGGAAGGUAUCGUACACAAAAGAUAAUUGUUUCACAAUGGAAAAACAUUUAUUUUUUUAAUCGAC